UCCGCCGGAAGUGGCGGUUGUUGACAGUAUUUCUCAACCCGGCGUUGAAUCGGGUAGUUUGGGGUCCUGUGGCGGCGUCGCGGAGCCUCCCCGGGAGGGCGCCCUCUGGUACGGCGAUGGAUAUCCUCAAGUCGGAGAUCUCUCGGAAGCGGCAGCUCCUGGAGGACAAGAAGCUGCUGGGGGAAAGUAAAAGAUAUUUCAAACGUAGUGAACUUGCAAAAAAAGAAGAGGAGGCAUACUUUGAAAGAUGUGGCUACAAGCCUGUAAAUGAGAAGCCAACUGGAGAGGUACAGCCAAAAGAAGAGGAUCAGAAACCAUUAACUUCAUCUAAUCCAGUAUUAGAACUAGAACUGGCAGAGGAAAAAUUGCCCAUGACUCUUUCAAGACAAGAGGUCAUCAGGCGACUGAGAGAAAGAGGAGAACCUGUUAGAUUGUUUGGAGAAACCGAUUAUGAUGCAUUUCAGCGUUUAAGAAAGAUUGAGAUUCUCACACCAGAGGUUAACAAGGGUUUGAGGAAUGACUUGAAGGCAGCUUUGGAUAAGAUUGAUCAACAAUACCUUAAUGAAAUUGUUGGUGGUCAAGAACCAGGAGAAGAAGACACACAGAAUGAUCUGAAAGUCCAUGAAGAAAACACCACCAUUGAAGAAUUAGAGGCAUUGGGGGAAUCCUUAGGAAAGGGAGAUGAUCAUAAAGACAUGGACAUCAUCACCAAAUUUCUUAAGUUUCUCCUUGGAGUUUGGGCUAAAGAACUCAAUGCUAGAGAAGAUUAUGUAAAACGCAGUGUGCAGGGCAAACUGAACAGUGCCACUCAAAAGCAGACAGAAUCAUAUUUGAGACCACUUUUCAGGAAACUGCGAAAAAGGACUCUUCCUGCUGAUAUUAAAGAAUCAAUAACAGAUAUUAUUAAAUUCAUGUUACAGAGAGAAUAUGUGAAGGCUAAUGAUGCAUAUCUUCAGAUGGCCAUUGGAAAUGCUCCUUGGCCUAUUGGAGUAACUAUGGUUGGUAUCCAUGCCAGAACUGGUCGUGAAAAAAUUUUUUCCAAACAUGUUGCACACGUUCUUAAUGAUGAGACACAAAGAAAAUAUAUUCAGGGUUUGAAAAGAUUAAUGACCAUUUGUCAGAAGCACUUCUCAACAGACCCAUCAAAAUGUGUGGAAUAUAAUGCAUUAUGACAACUCUUCUCUGUGGUGCUAUAGACCAAUAAGAAACUUAAGACCUAUGGCCUUUAGGAGGAACUGCUACCAUGAAUGAAGGGGAGAGAAAGAAUCAAGUUUUGGGAGCAUCCAUUUUCUAUCUAAUUCAUUUUUUUAUUUAGAGGACUAUGUUUGGUUUUUUCAUCAAAUAUGACAGCAGACUCUUGAUUGUUGUAUCAUGUUUUUGAUUCUUAACAGUCUCAAAUUCAAGCACCAAGCCUUAUUUACUGAUACUUUACAUACACAGACAGCAAUCAUCAAGGAAUUCCUUUUCAACAUUUUGCCAUCAUAUGUGAAAGUUGUUGAUAAAGGAUUAAAGGAAACAUUUGACUUGUUAUUAUUUUUGUAAAAUACUAUAAUAUUCAUGUUAUAAUUAUAUUAGUUUUUUAGAGAAAAGCUUUUUUCUUCAAUAGCUAACCUAAAAAUACAGCAACUGUUGUUUACAUUUG